UGUGUUUGUGUGUCUGCGUUGAGAACUGAGUUGAACUAUGACUGGUGAUGGAAAAGGUCAUCUCAUUUCUCACUGCGUGUCGACGGAACCUUUGAAUCUGUUUGUGUGUGUUUGUUUGCGACGGUUUGUGCGACUCGCCUUCAGCACUGUUUACCGUAUAAAGAGUGCUUUGAAGGGGGAACGCUCGUAAUCGGGUGCUAAUGUGAUUCGUGUACAUAGCCUGUUCCAUAGUAUUUACGCUGUUUGUGUGACGACGGAGGAUAUUUGAUCUCCGAGGAACGGGCGCCGACCUACAUCAGUGGCGAGUCCGUGGACGAGGACGAGCCCCUGAGCAUCAGCGACGAGGACGAGGCCGAUGAGAUUUUGAGCGAGUUCUCCAGCCCGAGGAUUUUGAGGAGGAACCUCCCCGCGUCAGCCUCGCCUCCGCCGGCCAUCUUCGUCUCGUCGCCCGAGGAGACCGAGAUCGCGAUGGCCAUGGACCCGACGCGGCAGAGGACGAGGGCCUUCGAGGUCUACAACGUGGGUUACGAAGACGAUGCGAUGGUUCAGGAGCUGCGCGAAGGAGGCGGCAGGAGCGUCGGGUCCGGCUUCGGGACGGGGCCGAGAGGCCUUUGCGAUCAGGGGAGUCUCGGGACGCUGGCGGCCUCGAAGGACUCUGUGAAUGGCGGUCAGGAUCCCCUCUCGGGUCCUUUGGGGGACAACCCGAACUUUCUGAUGGCGAUCGAUCCGAAGACCAAUUCCACUUCGAACUUCUCCGGGGGAUUGGAGAUCAUUGAUGCCGAUGAAGACGACGGAUGGACUCCUGUAGGGGAGGUAACUUUCCGACAGGAGCCGACGUCAGUCACCUCGAACAAACACAAGAGUCCAGAGAAGAAAGGCAACGGAAAGAAGCAAGGGUCCCUGAAGCAGCUACUUUCGCCGAAGAAGUCUGCCAAGAAGAAAACGCUGGCGGAAGCCAACAUCGAAUCGUCUCCCAGGAAAUCUCCGAAAAGCUCCCCGAAGAAUUCUCCGAAGAAUUCCCCCAUAACGCCGAGGAGCAUUCUGCCGGAGAUCCUCGAGUCCUCGGCCGUGCAGUACCGCCCCGUGUACCAGACGCAGCACCUCGGGAACUCGAACCUGGUGCCCAAGCCCUAUGUGUCCAGGUACUCUGCUGACAGGCCCUACAGAGCUCCUGUCGCGUCGCCUCGCACGUUCCUCACGCAGAUGGAAGCGAAAGGGGAGCAGAAGGCAAAAGAGAACAAGAAGAGUGAGGGAGUCAAGGCUGUGAGGGAAUCUAAAGACACACGAGGGAAGGUUAAAAAAUCACCAACAACUACUCCAAAAGAAACCCUAGACCCUGCGGCAAGCUUUGAUUCAGCCUCUCUGGUGACAAAGCCAUGUCCCACUCGGCCUGCACCAAGUCCCACUCGGCAUGCACCAAGUCCCACUCGGCAUGCACCAAGUCCCACUCGCCCUGCACCAAGUCCCACUCAACUCGUGUCAAGUCCUCCUCUUCCUGAAUCAGUUCCAGCUAAGCCCGCCCCCAGUCCCACUCAACCUGAACCAGUUCCAACAAAGCCUGCACCCAGUCCCACUCAUCCUGCACCAGAUUCCACUCAGCCUGCACCGGAUCUCGCUAAGCCUGCCCUGAGCCCCACUCAACCUGUACCUAUUCCCAUUCAUCCUGCACCAGGUCGUACUCAGCAUGAACCAAGUCCUAUUCUAGAGAUGAAACCCGGAGAUGACGAACAUUCUUUAAACAAAUGUGAACAAGAAAUCACUCCCCACAAAGACAGUGCAAGAAAUCCCCCUUCGAGGCGAUCUCGCCCAAAUUCGCUCAUACUCACAGAUGCAGCGUCAGUCGAAUCUGGGGACCCUGAAGAGAAGCCAAAGGAGAAGAUAACUAGGUCGUUGUCUCCUCUAGAAGAUCAAAAGUCACUUCCUUCUGCCCGUGAUCUGGGUCAGCAAGCGAGCCGUGCCUUGUCCUCUUUAGCAGUUGCUUCAAAAGACACUGAAAAGCCCGAAAAGACUGCUUUAUAUAACUGUUCAAAUCAGCCCUUUAACUCCUUCGGUGAACUUGAGGCCUUGAGGAGCCAGUCUCCUCGGCCGGAAUCCCCGCCUGACACAGCCUUCGCCAAAGAAGAGCCAAGCCAAGGUGAAGAGGGCUAUGGCAUCAACACAAGUGACUUUGAUUAUGCUGAUGGGUCUGCUGAAGCUAUCAACCAGUUGGAAGACAUGCUGGAACGGGAACAAACAGACUCACCCCCUGUUAACACUGAGGCACCGACGUUGUUGUCGGCAGCCAGUGCCAGCACCCUCAGCCGUGAUUCUCUCGAUAGCUUCCUCAACGACGACAUGGGUAGUCUCACAAACUUCGUCACACAGAAGACCCUAGAAUGUCAGGCGAGAAAAGGCCCCAAGCCUGACGAAAGGAAAGCAGAUAAAGAGGACGAAGGAAGGAAGAAGAGGAACUUACAGGAUGAAGGCGAAAGUUUCCAAAGUAUGGGAGAGAGCGUCGAUUUCUGCUUCGAAGAAGUCGAAGAUUCGCCCACACACGCCCCAGCAGAGGGACCCGCCGAUGACGACGAGAAGAAGGGCAGCAAACUCUCACCGACGUUCAGCAAAUUCACCCAGAAGGUCUCGGACAAGAAUAAAGAGAACGAGGAGAAGAGUAAGUCCCCGAGUCGAUUCAGUCCAAGGAACUUUCUUUCGUUGGGGAACAAAGACAAGAACAAAUCCAAAAACAAGUCCCCGACGCCCGACAGCAGUGCCAAGACGGAGGGCUGGACGACGGAGGCCAUCGAGGAGUACCUGGUCCAGAACAAGAAGGAGGAAACCGUCCGUCUUGGUCUCAUGGACGACAAAGACGUCGAGGUCCACCAGGCGAAGAAGGCAGGCCAGAUCUCUUCGAAGGAAGACCUGCGGCUGCCCGAAGUGACAGUCCACGAGAUCGUAACCAUCCGGCCGGACAGCUGCUGCAAGAAGCGCCCGGCGCCCGUCCCGCCGCAAGGGAAGUCCUCCGCGUGGAAGCCCGAGGACAUCGAGAAUUACCUCCUGGAACACAAUGCCGACGAAAACCUUCGUCUCGGGCUCUUGUCGCAGGAGGACAUCCAGAUCUAUGAAUGGAAACGAGCCACGGGCAUGUCCCCGAUCUGCGACACGAGCUGGACGCGCGAGACCCUGCGCAAGAACAAGGUUAUCCGCGGGUCGUCCUCGUCCUCCAUGAGCCCCCCCGAGUCCGACCCACCGUCGCCGAUGGUGCCGCGGAGCGCCGAAAAGCCCGAGGCCGACCUCUCCGAACGACCCGUGACCCCAAUGGCCGAGGCGAGGCGCUGGUCGUCCGAGAGGGCCGUCGACGUGCCCGCGACCCCCACCAGCCUGCACCCGAAGCCGCCCAGGCGUCGCGCAAGGGCCCCCCUCCCCCCCUCGCCCGCCAGAGCGUCCGUGGGCGGCGUCUCGACUCCCACCAGGACUUCAGGACACUUCGCCUUCAGGGGCUUCAAGCUUGGGCAGCGCGUGACGAAGAACGUGGGCAUCUCCCUCCUGAGCCAGUCCAUCACCGGAGCCAAGGAGCCCAAAGGUGACCCGACCUCGCCUGCUCAGGGGAGGAAAGCCUUGCCCGCCCCGGUGCCUCAGCCCGAGAGCCAGCCUGAGAGCCAGCCUGAGAGCAAGCCUGAGAGCAAGUUAGAGGGCAAGCCGCGGAGACUUGCUCUGGAGAAGAUUGGUGUUCGUUUGCCAGGCAUGGGAGGAAAAGAAGUCACCACACCGGAUACUCCCCCUGCAGCGACUACCCCACAGCCAGGCACCCCGAUCUCCGCGGAAGACGAGAGUGUCCAGAGAAGGAUAUCGGGAGAUAAGAAGGCGGGAGAGAUAACCCCAGUCAAAAAGGAGAAGCCGUACAGGAAGCUCGCAAGACUGUUGGGGAAGGAUGUGUCUCCGGCCUCAACGCCUGCUCCGCCCAUUGAGGUUCCGGCCCACGCUCUCUUUUUACGCGAGUCUACCCGUAAAUCGACAUAA